CAUUCUUUGCUUACCAGUUCCCACUAUGGAUAUUGAAGAUUACAAUAUCAUUUCGAAUUACAAGAGGGAAUAUGCCACUUAUAUCAUGCCAAAUCAUAAAGAAGUUGAUGCUUACAUAGAUACACCAGCCGUUACUUGGGCUAUUAUUAGUACGGUGAUUGACAUGUUAGGUGACCAGGCGAACUAUUGGAAUUAUCAAAUUCAAGGAUUAAACAACCACGUUAGCGUUUGGCCUACUGAAGCAAGCAUAAACAUCGAAAUCAUAUCCGAACUGGAGGAUGCCGCUAAACGUAAGCUUAGAAUACAUGGUUUCCCUAUAUUAGAAGGAGAAGAGUACCCUGAGGAAGAAAUGAUUCAAAACGGGCGGCCCCUUACCGCUAUUUCUGAUGAUGUUAAUCUAAUCUGCGACUGCUGGCUGGAUUAUACCACGAAAUUAGGGUUAAUAAGAAGUGGAAACUUUAUUAAGAAUGAAGCGUGUAAAGAGAGUGCCCGUGACUUAGAAUUGUGGCGUUUCUGUCAUGAUUGACAGAACUCAAUUGAAAGAUGGAGAAAUGCUAUAUGAAGCUGCUCACUAGUCAUCUUCAUGGCUCAAUAUAGCAUCUCUAUCUUUUCACAGUGUCCAUUUAUUGCGGGUGUCAUAUCCAGGACUCUAUAAUUAUAAAUGUUGAUAAAUAUAACCAUAAGGAAUUACUAUCUAUUCUAUGUCACGUUAAUAAUUCUCACUGUUUAUGAGAAUAAAAAUCA